UAAUUUCCUAAAACAUGGAAAGACAAGAAGGAAAUAAAAAGGAAGAACCUGAAGAAAUUCCUAAUGAAUAUCCUCCGGUGGAUGAUGGAGAAGCCAGCUUACCACUGGCAUCUUCCACCCCAAUCACCACAAAACGCCGUGGACGACCACCAAAAAGUGCCAAUAAAACGGAGAAGAUCUCAAAAAGUGGACAGACUCCAGAACCCAAGAGCUAUCCAAAAAGAAAUAGAAAAACUCCUGCAAGACUUGAACAUUAUGACAAAGGUGAUGAAGAAAACACAUCAACAUUAUCUUCUCCAUUGUCAUCAAAGGAUGAUAUUUCACAGGACAGUACAAAGGACUCCAAUAAUGAUACAGAGCUAGUGGGUAAACCAAAACAGGGAACAGGACGUAAAAGGGGGAGGCCCCGUAAAACGUUACAAGAAUCCGUCGAGGAGACUCCAACACCAAAGAGAAAACGAGCAUCACUAAAAACUGGGGAAGAUAGAGAGGAUAAAAAUGAUGACAAGGAUAAUUCUCUUUCUGUGAAAACAGGUACUAGACGAGGAAGAAGAAAACUUAAGGAGGAUGAUGAUAUCAGUGAUGAUUCUGAAGAGGAGAAGGACAAAAGUGGUGUAAAUAAAUCUGGAAGAGGAGAACAGCAAAUUGUUUCUGAUCCAGAUACCCCACGUUCCACAGGGAGAAGGGGGAGAAAAGCCAAUCAAAAAAAGGCAGAGAAAUCACCUACUAUCAGCUCAGGGGAGGAAACUGGGGAAGAAAGGGAGGUAACUCCUAUGGAAAAAUCAAAAGGAAGGGGGGAAAAGUCAAAGAUAACAAAGGAAGAUAAUGAAUCAGAAAUGACCUGCCUUCGCUGUCAACAGAAAUUCCCAAAUUUGUCCGCCCUGAAAAAUCAUUUAAUGAGGAGACACACUGCUCUUUAUAGUCCAGACUGUCCGGAGGGGAAGGAAGACAGAGCAUCCGUAAGACAGAUCCUAAAAAUCAGGAAAAUCUUAUACUGUCCUAAAUGUGACAAAGAACUUAGGAAUGCCCAGUAUUACUUCAAGCACACAGAGUGGUGUGGAAGAGAGGCUGAGACAUUUACCUGCACUGUUUGUAACAGGAGUUGCAUGAAGAUGUAUGAACUGGAGCAUUACAGAAACCACAAACUGCUAGAGAGGAAAGAGAAAGAACGGCAGGAACAGCUUCUUCAGCUACAGAAAAAGAAGAGGGAGGAAGAGAAAGAAUCUGGUACUGAUAAACAAGGCCGAAGGAUACGUAAAGCAGCCAAAAAGGCAGUGAGGGUUCUGAAGGAUAUUUCGGCCAGUGGCGAUGUGUGUACGGAAGGAAACAGUGAUGAGGACCCGGAAGUCAGACUGGAUGUCGAUGAAGACGAAGAGGAUCAAGAGGAAGAUGAUGAUGAAGAUCUAGAUGAAGAUGUCAGUGAUGAAUCUAUUAACAGCCAUUCAGAACUAGACGGGGUAGAUGAAGACUGCCAGUCUGCCAGAGGAAGAAAAGGUAAACGACCCCAGAGUUCAGAUAUGUUUCGAGAGGUGUACGUACACUGCUGCAAAAAUUACCUAAAGAGAUGCCAGGUUAUAGACAAAAUGUGUGAUGUCUUUCCCGAGCUGAGGCCUAAAAAAUCUCAGUGGAUACUCCAAAAUCCCAAGGAGGCAGAGGAGUUCUUGCCAGUCACAAGGGAGAGUGUUAGGUUUCGUGUCAUUUCACCAGAAAAAAAAGGGGAAACACCUCCCUUAACAAAACUUAACAGAUUUGAGGCUGAGUUCAGGACUGGGACCUACAACCUCUUUGCUGGUGGUCCAGUUUGGGGCCUUGCCUGGUGUCCAGUGCCACACAAUGUCAAAUGUGACCAGUAUCUGGCUGUAAGCUGUCACAGAGAAAUGGUUGAAUGCCAUGAAACAAAGUCACUGUACUUUGGAAAAGGUGCAAUACAACUGUGGAAUAUUGGAGAACUGAAUUCUCUACAUCCAAAGAAAUCAAUGAGCAGUAGUGUUCCUUAUCUGGAGUUCUGUAUAUCCCAUAGCUUUGGUGUUAUUUACCAGUUAUGUUGGUGUCCAAGCAAUGCCUGGGAAAGCAGUGAUAAUGAGGCAUCAGUGCAGUUACCAAGACUUGGGCUGUUAGCGGGAGCCUUCUCAGAUGGAAAUGUCCACAUAUAUAGUUUACCACAACCAGCAAGUUUAAAUUUAGAAAACCUAGGCAAUGAACUGGCUGUCUUUAAACCAGAACCAGUAUUCACUCUUAUUCCUUAUCCUCUAUUUAAACAAGAAAAGGCAGCUCCGUGCUUGUGUAUUGACUGGCAGCAAAAGUUUUGUCAGUUUCUGGCAGCAGGCUAUGGAGACGGCUCAAUCAGAGUAUGGGAUCUCAAGUCACAGUCUAGUCUUCUGAGGGUGGUGACGACUCCGACCAUUAAACUUUUACCUUUCUACAGUACAGUCGCCCACAAUGAUUGUGUCAUGUCCCUUAAAUGGUCACCCCAUGUGACAGAUAAAUUUGCUACAGCCAGUCGGGAUAGGACUUUUGUUAUUUGGGACCUCAACAACAGGCAUUUCCCAAUAUACAAGACUCUGGCUCAGAUGGCAUUAUCUGUUUAUUGGCUGCCAUUUAAUUUCUGUGUUCUUCAAGGAAUGGAUGAUUGUUACUCAAAUCUAGAGACAUACGUAAGAUCAGAGUCCUAUGACCACAUUGUAAAGGAUAACGGUACACAAUCGGAUCCUGUUGUCGUUCUAUCAGACUGUAUUUGGGGGUUGACAUGUUCCAACUGGCUCAUGGUUAUUCUAGCAACCAACAACUCAGGGAAUGUAGUUGGAUCUGUUAUGCCUCAUCUAAGAAGGAAAGAAGUCCAGCGUUUUCAUCGCAGACCAGUGACUUUAUUUGAGACUGAGGUUCAGGAAAAGGAUUUUGAUGAAGAACACAUCUCAGGUCAAAAGGAACUUCUUAAAAAAGGAAACAAGAGAAAUGCAGAUCCAACAGUUUUCAAAUCAUAUGAAAGUGGAAAGAAUAAGAUAUACUUGGAAUACAAAGAAUGUGAUCCAUUUCAGCCCAAAAAGAAAGUUCCAAAGAUCACGGUAACUGCAGAUGACGUCAGAGGCUUAGCUUUCCGUGCCGUGUACAGGAUUGAAAUGAAUCCAAACAUCCAGAGUUGUGUGUGGGUGGCUUCUGGAGGACAAGCUGGAAUUGUCCGGAUCCAUAAUGUUGCUCAGCACUUAAUUCCCACAGCUGUGCAAGAUCUAAAGGAUGUACGCAGUUCCCUGAAUAUUACAUAAAAAUAGAUACGAUCUAUUUCAAGCUUUGCUGUGUCAUAAAUCAGGCCUAUAUAACCUUAUUGAAAUAUUGCAUGCUGUGAUUUUAUUCUCAACAGUGUCAAAUAAAAAAAAAUGAAAAACAUUAAUUUUCA